AUGUCGACAACGACUGAGCCAGCGCCGAGUGUUCGCGUUGUACCCGGCGCACCUCCACCAAAAGAGGUCUCAAAUAAAACCGCUCGUAAGAAGCGUAAAGCCAAGACAAAGGCUGACGACGACGUGCUUGAAUCAUCUACCGCCGCUCUAAUCGAAACCGCACCUUCAGCUACUGACAUUCAAGAUGGAGCCGUGGCUACUGAGCUUGUUGCUGAACCUACCACCGCUGAAGAACUAGUAGUCAAACCAAGUCCCAUCGUUGACCUCAUCUACAAAAGACUAAAAGCCACGUCGAAAAAGAUUGGCCGAAUAUCCACAUAUGCUGCGACUGACCUGGACAAACUCAACGAUGACCAAAAGGCAACUCUGAAAACGCUCCCUGCCCUCGAAGCAGUCCAGAAGGAACUUACCGAAGUAAAGAAGGCCGUUGAGACACACGAAGCACAACUGGCCGUCGAAGUAGCUCGGACGCGUCAACAAACAGAGAAAAUCGAGGCCGAACGUGUUGCGACUGCUGUUGCAGAAGCAGAGGACGCCGUUUUGGGCAAAGUAUCUAACCUAUUGAAUUUCUUGCGUUUGCGUCCAUUGCUUGCCUCAGGCGAGAUUCCCUUUGGUCUUGAAAAUGCCGAAGUUAGUGCUGUCUUCGCUGCUUCCGAGAUCUUGUUGGGAGAAGCAAGUGAAGCGAAAGAUGCCUUGGUGUCUGGUCUUUUGUUUGAAAAAGGAAGCUAUGACGAAAUUCCAUUUACUCGACUCUUGGAGAUUACGCAGCUUUGCUUGAAUCCUUUGGCAGCAUCUCAGGAGUCGACGACAGAAACGGUUGAACAGAGUAUCGAUUCGGAGUCGAUCGCGGCUCAGCCAUUGGGUCUCUCUACCACAGGAAGCUUUGACUUCAUGCAAGCGAGCGAAUUGGAACCACCUUUCGAGGAGAAUGCUGAAUGGGUCGAACGCCCUGAUGCUGAGCAGCAGGCAGUGCCAGAGCCUGUUAACGGACAUGCUGACUCGAGCAAUGCUGCGAUUGAUUGGGCUGACGACGAAGGGGGUCUGCCCCCGAUAGCUGGUUUACAUGCCAAGUUCGGGACUUCUGGCUCUGCAACACCAGUCGUCGCUGAUGAUGACCUUCAAACCAAUGGCCAUACUGACUCUGUUGGGACGGAGCCAGCACCUCCAGUCGCUGCUUCGACUGAGGAUGAUGGAUUCACAACAGCUCGCGGUCGUGGUCGAGCAAGGGGUGGUUUCCGGGCGGAUUCAGAGGUGGAGAUCGUGGUUUCCGUGGAGGAGACCGCGGCCGUGGCGGUUAUCGUGGACGUGGUGAUUGGAGAGGUGAUGGUGAACGUGGCCGCGGGCGCGGGCGUGGGCGUGGCGACAGAGGAGGUCACAAUUGCUCUUCGUGUGUUUUUCAAGGUCACGUGCGGAUUCUCCUUGAUCAUGAACCUCAACUACUCUCUCUAUCUUGUGACGGAUCGACGCUUACUACCUCCCCACAAGACUUAUUUGGAGUCUCUAGAACAAGCUCUCCAAGGCGGAGUAACUGUUGUGCAGCUCCGUGAAAAGGAUGCUGAUACUGCCGAGUUCCUCCGCAUUGCCCAAGAGACCAAGGCACUAACCGACAAAUAUAAUAUACCACUCAUUAUCAAUGACCGAAUUGAUAUUGCGGCUGCAGUCAACGCUUACGGUGUUCAUCUCGGACAAACGGACAUGCCAAUCGCCAUCGCCCGAAGACUUCUUCCCAGCGGGACAAUCAUCGGAAUUUCAUGCAACUCUGUUGAGGAAGUUCGUCAAGCCCGGGAGUCGGGUGCAGACUAUGUUGGCCUGGGGGCUGUCUGGGACACGCAAACAAAGAAGCUGACAAAGAGCCCUAUAGGAGUGCGGGGUCUUGGUCUUAUGCUACGAGAGUUGGAUGGUAGUGCUAUCAAGGCGGUUGCCAUCGGCGGCAUCAAAUCAACCAACUUGGCUCGACUACUGCACGGUUCAAGCUCAGACACCAAUCAUCGUCUUGAUGGCGUCGCUGUCGUUUCCGACAUAGUAUCUUCCUCCAAUCCUCUUCUUGCUGCCCGGAACCUCAAAGACAUUUUUAACGCGUCUCUAACCCUCAAUCCAUUAUUCUCGUCCAAUGACGACAUUCUUGAUCGUGCCCUUCGUAUCAGCGCCGCCGUCCGCAAUACAAGACCCCUUGUCCAUCAGAUGACCAACAUUGUGGUUUCACACCAAAGCGCUUCGAUGACGCUCGCUUUGGGUGCUUCACCAAUCAUGGCCACCGCACCAGAAGAAAUGGCCGAUCUCUGCAAGAUCAGCAAUGCGUUACUGGUUAAUAUUGGAACUCUGAUGACAUCCACGUUAGAAGGGAUGUUGAAAGGUGGCGUCUUUGCCAAUGCAUCCAAAAUACCUGUGGUUUUGGACCCUGUUGGCGUUGGAGCGUCGGCUUUUCGCAGAGACAGCGUCAACAAGCUGCUCGAUCUAUGGCAACCCGCCGUCAUCAAAGGGAAUGCCGGAGAACUGGCUGCCCUCGCGGGCUCUCAAGAAGCCGCUGGUCGCGGUGUUGACAGCGUCGGCGGUUUCGCAGACCCUUCCGAAUUUGUGCGAAGACUAGCUAAAAAGGAACAUUGUGUUAUCGUUUUGACCGGCAAAACGGACUACAUCUCUGAUGGCGACCGAGUUGUUGCGAUCCAGAACGGUGACCCGUUACUGGGCAGUAUAACGGGCUCUGGGUGUAUGCUUGGAUCUUGCAUCGCAGCAUUUUGUGCCGCCACAAAUCUAGGUGAUGAUGAUAAUGCUGCUAGACUGACUCGAAAUGGCGAUUUUUUGGCAGCGGCUGUUGGAGCGGUUUUGACGCUGACGGUCGCAUCUGAGCUUGCCGCCAAGAAAGAACAAGUCCAUGGAAUCGGAACCUUUCUCCCAGCAUUGAUAGACGAAGUUAGCGUCCUAAGUCCAGAUGUUGUUCGUAGACUAGCAAAAGUGGUACAAAUCCAAUAG